GUGGAUUUAUGUUCCAUUUUGAAAUAAAUCUUUUUAAUUUUGGAGCGUAUUAUUACCCCAAUUUUUGCCUCAUAAUUUUAAUUCAAUUCUCACAGCUAGCUUGUUUCACGGUAAUUCACCGUUUUUUUGCACGCUUUUCUCGUGCAGUUCAUGGGUAUCAAAUCUUAUAUCUACCCAUUUCUUCACUGCCAGCCGUUCGAUAAACAUCGUUUUGUAAUAAGAAAUUUAACUUCACAUUGCAUUGGAGGCAUUUGACGCACGUGGUAAAUUUCUUCGAAUUCUUUUUUUUACUGGAUUGCCUCUCGCUCAGACGUCAAUACUUCAGCUGUUUUCUGAGCAUUAUCGUCACAAUGCCGUCGUAAAUAUGCCCAGGGAAGGUAGACGCCGUCAACCUCGCCGCUUCGAGCACAUGGCAGCCAGGCCAUGCAGGGAGAGAGCCCCUCCACGUGGUCAAGCGAGGAGACGGGAGGUACAAGUUGCAUUGGAAGGCAAUACUAACGUUCAACUACCAGUGGCGUUCCCGCAAGCCUGCCAUGACCCGAGUAGGGAUGCUGUGUCGAUCGAAACCCAGACCGACAAUGAACAAGGCCAACAGACAGGGAAUUUUCUCCACGGGCAUGUGAUAUGGAUCGUAGGUUCUUCUAUACCAUAUUGGGUUAAAAGGAGAGCAAUUAAAAGAUCUUCGAUAAACCUCGGGUUGGAAAAAAAGAAAUGCACAGUGAAGUGGCACACCAAAGGCGGCAUGACAUGGCAUGAGGUCUUCCCAAAAAUUAGCUGGAUGCUAGCUAAAUCCAGAUACCUACCAGACAUGAUAGUGGUGCACUGUGGCGGCAACUCUUUAAUAAAGGUAAAAAAAGGUGUCUUAGCAAAUAAUAUUAAAAAUGACCUUCUCAAUAUCUCGUUACUAGCAGGCCCGACAACCACGGUAGUAUGGUCGAGCAUUUUGCCAAGACUCAAUUGGCAUUCUGAUCGCCAGUUAUCUGUGGUGGAAAAGGCAAGAAAAUGCGUAAACCGGUCCGUUUCUUGCUCCGUUCUAGCUCGGGGUGGGCGUUGGCUAAAACAUGCUGAAAUCACAGCAGAUACCCCCGGCUUGUUUCGUAAUGAUGGUGUGCAUUUAUCACCGAUCGGCCUUGACAUCUUCAUAUCAUCUUUACAAGAACUUAUUGAAUCUUUAGCUAGCAACAAUAGCAAUAAGGCCGUGUUCGAUUAAUCCAAAAUAUUGGGUAAAUUUUAUGUCUCAUAAAAUAUCAUGUGGCCCUCAAUACAUCAAGUGCAUCUCGGUGGGGCAUAUUUUAAGUAUCACAUUUUUCUUAACAUCGUUACACUGUGUAUUUUAUUCACACUUUACUUAUUUUAUCAUCUCAUUAUUUGGAGACCUCUGGGAGCAUUUUCGCCCCGUUUUCUCCUUAGCUAUAAUUAUGCAGUACCUUUCCCUUGAAGGUUAUGCAUAGUUUAAGCUUAUUAUCAUAGUUUUCGGCAUUUUUGCGCUGCUAUGUUGUCUCUAUGCAUUUUGGCUAGAGGCAUUUUUCUCAUUUUCUCAUUUUAUAAUUAACUUCAGUUUUAAUUUGGAAUUUAGUUCUUUUUUAUUUAAUUUUCGUAUAUUAAAGUCACGGCCUUAUCCCAAAAAUAUAUGUGUUUGUUGUUAUUAAAGUUCUUAAGAAAUUCGAGCUUUUGUUAUGUGAGUGACAACUAUAUUCAUAUUGUCACCUAUGUUAUCUGUAAAGACAUGUUCGACGAAGUAGUUUAUUCGAACCAUUUUGAUUAUCACAAAACUGUGGUCUGCUAAAACUUGUCGUCUGCGAAUACUUGAAGCUUAUUCGAACCAUUUUGAUUAUUGCCCAACCGUAGUCUGAUAUUCGAACCAUUUUGAUAAUUACCAAAUUAUCGUCUGCUACUACUGAGGAAGCUUAUUCGAACCACUUUGAUUACAACGAAACUGUGGUCGGCUAACACUAGACGAAGUUUGUUCGAACCAAUU